AUGUCUGAUGGAUUUUUAUUAUUUUAUUUAGACCCAGUGUGUGAUCAGGCCACGGAACCGGCUCUGCUCCAACCCACAGAGGUUCCUCAGGACCAGCUCACGAACGCUGUGACUGAGGCUGAGGAGAAGAAUCAGAAGCUUGUGGUGUCUAAUACUCAGCUGGAGGAGAGAGUGAGGGAACUGGAGGAACUGCUCUGUGAGGCACGCAGAGAUGACAUGAAAAGCAAGGUCUCCCUGGCUGAAGCUGAGGAGAAACAUCAGAUGGCUGUGGAGACCAUUGCUCAGCUAAAGGUGGAGAAGUCUGACCUGAAAGACCAGGUGAAGAAACUGCGAGGAACAGUGCAGGACAUGGAGAACCUGCUCCAUGCUGCUGAGGUGGAGAAGUCUGACCUGAAAGACCAGGCAAAGACACUGCAAGGAAGAGUGAGAUACACAGAGAACCUGCUCCAUUUUGUUGAGGUGGAGAAGUCUGGCCUGACCACCAAGGUGGAGUCACUGCAAAGAAGAGUGAAGACCAUGGUAAAAGAUGUCUGUGACACUGACUGGGAGUUAGGCACAUGUGUACAUGAGGUUCAGGUGAACAAUGAUGAGAUUAAGAAGCAUCUGAUAGACGCAGAGGAGAUACUGAAGGUAAACUUUACUUCUCAUGAAAUUACGACUGCUGUUGUAUUUUGUAUCUCCCUGUCUGAAGCUGAGGAGAAACAUCAGACGGCUGUGGAGAUCAUUGCUCAGCUGGAGGUGGAGAAGUCUGGCCUGAAAGACCAGGUGGAGUCACUGCAAAGAACAGUGGAGAACAUCGGGAAUCUGCUCCAUCUUGUUGAGGUGGAGAAGUCUGACCUGAAAAACCAGGUGGAGACACUGCAACGGACAGUACAGGACAUGGGGAACCUGCUCCAUGUUGUUGAUGUGGAGAAGCCUGGUCUAAAAGAACAAGUGGAGUUACUGCAAGGAACGAUACAGAACAUGGGGGAUCUGCUCCAUGCUGUUGAGGUGGAGAAGUCUGACCUGAAAGUCCAGGUGAAGACACUGCAAGGAAGAGUGGAGAACAUGCAGAACCAGCCCCAUCCUGUUGAGAAGGAGAAGUCUGUCCUGAAUGACCAGGUGAAGACACUGCAAGGAAGACUGCGGCUCAUGUGGAACAUGCUCAAUGAGACUUACAAGUGGGCUAUUGGUGUAAUGAAUGAGGUUCAGGUGAAGGACGAUGAGAUGAAGAAGCAUCUGAUACACGCAGAGGAGAUACUGAAGGUCACCCUGCCUGAAGCUGAGGAGGAACAUCAGAAGGAUGUGGAGACCAUUGCUCAGCUGAAGGUGGAGAAGUCUGACCUGAAAGACCAGAUGAAGACACUGCAAGGAAGAGUGAGGUACACAGAGAACCUGCUCCAUUUUGUUGAGGUGGAGAAGUCUGGCCUGAUCACCCAGGUGGAGUCACUGCAAAGAAGAGUGAAGACCGUGGUAAAAGAUGUCUGUGACACUGACUGGGAGUUAGGCACAUGUGUACAUGAAGUUCAGGUGAAGAACAAUGAGAUUAAGAAGCAUCUGAUACACGCAGAGGAGAUACUGAAGGUCUCCAUGGCUGAAGCUGAGGAGAAACAUCAGACGGCUCUGGAGACCAUUGCUCAGCUGGAGGUGGAGAAGUCUGGCCUGACCACUCAGAUGGAGUCACUGCAAAGAACAGUGCAGACCAUAGUGGAACUUGUCUGUGACACUGACUGGGCGUUUGGUACAUGCAUACAUGAGGUUCAGGUGAAGAACGAUGAGAUGAAGAAGCUUCUGAUAGACUCAGAGGAGUUACUGAAGGUCUCUCUGUCUGAAGCUGAGGAGAAACAUCAGAAGGCUGUGGAGACCAUUGCUCAGCUUGCGAUGGAGAAGUCUGGCCUGACCACUCAAGUGGAGUCACUGCAAGGAAGAGUGAGGUACACAGAGAACCUACUCGAUUUUGUGCAGAAGGAGAAGUCUGACCUAACCACCAAACUGAUGGCACUGCGAAGAAGAGUGAAGGCUGUGGUGAAACAUGUCUUUGACACUGACUGGGAGUUAGGCACAUGUGUACAUGAGGUUCAGGUGAAGAACGAUGAGAUGAAGAAGCAUCUGAUACACGCAGAGGAGAUACUGAAGGUCUCUAUGGCUGAAGCUGAGGAGAAACAUCAGACGGUUCUGGAGACCAUUGCUCAGCUGGAGGUGGAGAAGUCUGGCCUGACCACUCAGAUGGAGUCACUGCAAAGAACAGUGCAGACCUUAGUGGAACUUGUCUGUGACACUGACUGGGCGUUUGGUACAUGCAUACAUGAGGUUCAGGUGAAGAACGAUGAGAUGAAGAAGCAUCUGAUAGACGCAGAGGAGAUACUGAAGCCUUAG